AGAACGCCGCUGGUGAAUGAGACCACAGAUCGUAUCUGGUAACAUUGAAAACCGAUCGCACGGAGCUGCUGGGGUCCCGUCGUCGGUAAACAAUUGCGGUACAAAAUUUAAGUUUUGGCGGUACCAUGAACAAGACAUGCAGGUGUUUCGUCGCGCUCUUCGUGCUGUUUUUUUGGCUUCCGGCAAUCUGCUGCGAAAAAUAUAAACUAUGCGUAGUCGACGGGAAAGAAGGCUAUAAAAAAUCCACCAGGUAUUGCCCGCAGCUUGAUGCGGCGGAGAGCACAGUAGAGUGCGUAGUCGCCUUGGACAGGAUGGAUUGCCUGAGACGUAUCAACAAGCACCAAGCGGAUUUUGCGGUUUUCACGCCCGAGGAUCUCGUAGCGGCGUCGAAUUUGGAGCUAGAAGUGCUGAUUACCAACGAAUUGCGCUACGAAAGAGAGAAAGAGUUCGAAUACGAGGUCGUUGCGGUAGUAGGCAACCACGCGAACAUCAGAAGCAGGCACGAUUUGAGGAACAAGAGGUUCUGUCAUCCCGGUUACGGCUACGAAACUGACUGGACCAGAAUAUUAUCGAACUACUUCGAAGCCAGCACGGUACCACCCCAGUGCGACCCUCAGCUGACUAUUACCGAAAAUCGCGUGAGAGCUUCUUCGGAAAUUUUCCUGAGUGCUUGCAAGGCUGGUCCGUGGGUAAGGAACGCUGUCUUGGAUAGAGAACUGAAACAAAAAUAUCCCAACCUUUGUCGGCUCUGCGACAACCCGGCAAGGUGUUCCAAGCAAGAUAAGUAUUGGGGUAGGAGAGGAUCCCUGCUUUGCCUCACCGACGGAGCGGGAGACAUCAGCUGGGCUCGACUAGAUGACGUCAGGCAACAUUUUGGGCUUACAUCCGGCGGAAAGGAAGAUAGCCCGGAGUUCUACAGCUUGCUGUGUCCCGACGACUCGGUGAUGCCUCUGAACAGCACCGACCCCUGCGUUUGGGUAGUUAAGCCGUGGUCGGUCAUAGCUACCAGAAGGACCAAAGCCCAGGAAAUUCAAGCGAUCAUCUCCAGCCUGAACCACUCGGACGUCAGCCCGUGGAAGUCGAGUUUGCUGUACCUCCUCGAGACCGCUUACGUCACCGUCCAAACCCUCGAUCCCGUCGAGUCGAUAGAGUCUUACUUCCACAAGGCGAAGGGCUUCCUCAGCGCUAACAGCUUCUCAGGAUGUCACCCUCCGAGGACGAUCCGCAUCUGCACCACGUCCAACCUGGAGAACGCCAAAUGCGCCUGGCUGAGGGAAUCGGCUGCCGUUUACGGAGUCGAGCCCGACCUUGACUGCAUAAAAGCCGAUAACGUCACUCACUGUAUGCUCGCCCUGAACGUCAACGCGGCUGACGUCGCCGUAGUUCCACCGGACCUGGUGCACUCGGGAUUGAGGGACUUUAAAUUGAAGACGUUGUUUUACGAAACCGCCAAGGACGAGGACAAGUACGUCAGCGUUGCUGUCACCAGGAAGGGCACCAAAUUCGACGGUUUCAAAGACCUCCGGGGUGCGAAGGCGUGCUUCGCUACCUACGACGGGGUAGCUUGGCAUUCUACCAUUCGCACUCUACAAAAGCUCGGUCUGAUUGGUAACUGUUCGGUCAAUGAGGCGUUGGCCAAAUAUUUCGGACCUUCUUGUGUACCGGGCAUACCGAAGAACGAAUCUUUGGAAAAUCUGUGGAAAACUUGCCAGGACGGGUUCGAUGGCGACUUAGGGGCUUUGCACUGUUUGAGCAGCGGCAUCGGAGACGUCGCCUUCGUGUCCAGGAAUUCCAUAAAGGCAUUUGUUUCCGGUUCGGGCCAGUCCCCCGACUAUCCUUCGAGUAACGAAUCCACCGAUGACUUCGUGGUGGUCUGUCCAUCGAAUCACUACCCCUGCCAUAUGAGUUGGGCGCCAUUAGGUCAAGCGAUGGUGAGGUCCAACAGCACGGAACUCUGGAUGAAGGACACCCUCGACGUGUUUCUCCUGCUAGAUAGUUUGUUCGGGAAAAACUACCGCGAUCUCACGCCCUCUUUCGAGAUGUUCGGCAAAUACGAAUGGCAUUCGAACGUCUUGUUCCACGACGCCACUUUGAGGUUAAGGGAGGUUCCGACGGCAAAAAAUACGGACCAGAUGGCGCUGCCGUACGAAGAAUUGCUGAGGCAAGCGCCGGUGUGUCGUUCGGGGUCUGAAAGAGGCGUAGCGUUGCUGGGCGCGGUCAUGUUGUGCGCGACGUUGGUUUUCUCUUUUUAAAAGUGUACCUUACCGACGGUAGAUGGUUUCCUACAUAUGUUGCCAUAGAAUAAUUACGUGGUAAUCUGUGAUAUUUAGAACAUAAAAAGCGACUGUUUCUUUAUUAAUAAAAUAUAUC